AUGAGUCUGCAAGAGUUCCUAGUGGCGAAGUUCACGAGCUGGUCGCCCCCAGAGCCCGAGGUGCUGAAGCGCACCAAGUACUCUAUCAGCCUCGCGUGGCGCAACGUGGAGCCCUUCCACUUCAUCGCCGACCAGCUCCUCUACCGCCUCGAGAAGAACGACAAGAUGCCGCCCUGGAUCGUUGUCUAUAGAGGAGGGAAAACCUCGAAAGAAAUAGACAACCUAGCCUCCAGGAACUGCCACAAGUUUCGCCUCAAAGUGAUUGUGAAAGCAACUGCUGUUCCCUCUCUAGCAGAACGAGCUGUACAGUUCUAUGGCGACGAGGCCACCGUGUAUGACAAGAUGAAAGUUUUAGAGCUGCAGAACAAAACCGAUGGAGAUAAAAGCGUCGUUAGAGGAGCUGGUGAUGCAGCUGAUACAGAAUCACAUAGUACUGACACAACUAAUAAAGUUAAAGAAAGUGGUGAUGAUCAGAAUGGAACUAAAGAAAACAGAUCAUCAGCGCACAGUGGCAAGUGGCUGGAGUCUCGCUGGUCGGCGCUGACGUGGGGCAGCACGGACACGGACGGCACCUCCGCCGUGUGCUUCUGCAUGGCGGUGCGCUGCGGGUACAUCAAGCAGGUGCAAGGCAUGCUGGACGAGCGGCCGGCGCUGAUCGGCAUCGUGAACUCCAGCAACGGCUUCACGCCUCUCGCCACCGCCGUCAGGAAAGGAGACAUCAACACGGUGCGUUUCCUGGUGCUGGCGGGCGCGGAGCUGGAGCAGCGCUCGGGCUCCGGGCAGACGGCGCUGCACCUCGCCGUGCUGGGCGCUCACGUACCCAUCGCGCUGCUACUGCUCGACCAGGGCGCUGACUUCCAGGCUCGGGACCUGAACGGGCUCCGCGUGGAGCACUACGCGGUGGACUCGGGCGACGUGGCCACGCUGCGCUUCAUCCUCGACCGCGGCGGCGACGUGCACGCCGAGGACAACCACGGCUGGACGCCGCUCUUCAGGGCUCUAUGCCAGAGCGCGUCGACGGAGAUGAUCGAGGAGCUGGUCUCCCGCGGCAGCGCGCUGGGCAUGGCGGACCGCGCCGGCCUGCCGCUCGCCUCCGUCGCGCGUCUGCUCGUCGACGCGCAAGGCCGCACCCGUGAAUCGGUGCUGCGGCUGGUGGACUCGAGCUACCCGCACGAGAAGGCGCUCGCCAACUUCACGCGCCUCACCAAGAAGAUCUACAACGUGCACUCGUUGCUCAAGCUGCCCACGCCUAAGACAUCGCAGAAUAUCACCCCAUCCUAACUCAUGAAUAUAACUUAAGCUGAAAACUUCUUAAAAUCUACUUCUUCUUCUGAAACCUUCUUAAAAUGUACUUGUGACUGUCAAAAUCCUUUACAUAAUCUUUGUUGAAAAUAAAACGAGCUCAAUGGUUGUAAACCCUA